CUCACCCCACUUCCAUCUCUCUAUAAAUGUACACUCUCAAGCUUUAUCAUUCUAUAGCUAAAAAAAACCAACCAAUUGAAACCCCUUCACCUCUUCCAUCUCUCAUUUCCCUUCUUGAUCAACCAGUCAUGGCAACCAGUGCUACUCUCUCCAAACCAUCCAAAUGGUUCUCUUCCAACACCUUCAAGCUAACCAUGAUCCACCGCCGUCACCGAUCCAAGCCUAGCUUGCCACCCCCUCCUAUCUCUCCCCUGAGCAUUUCCAGCCAGCGAACCGAUGACUUCCAUGAAGCAUUCCACCGUUUCGAUGCAAACGGCGAUGGCAAGAUAUCGAGCGACGAGCUCAAAUCCUUCUUUGCAUCGGCCGGGGAGGAGGUCGCAUUGGAAGAGGCUGAGAUGUUGAUCGGUGCCAUUGACUCGGAUGGCGAUGGCCUAAUGGACUAUGGGGAUUUUGUGAGACUGAUGGAGAAGGAUGGCAGUGGAGGUGAUGAGGACUUGAGGAGGGCGUUUGAGAUGUUUGAGGUGGAGAAGGGGUCAGGGUGCAUCACACCUAAGGGGUUGCAAAGAGUGCUGAGCCGUUUAGGGGAUGUGAGGUCCAACGAGGAGUGUGCGGCCAUGAUAAGGGCUUAUGAUCUUGAUGGGAAUGGUGUGCUCGACUACCAUGAGUUCCACUGCAUGAUGACUUCAUGAUUUGUAGAUGAGUGUGUUUGUUAUAAAUUUGUCAUGCAUUCAGCAUCCGCUACGUGGAUAGGUUUGCAAAAAUUACUGCCUGCAGCUUAAAUCUAUAUAGCUAAGCCAUAAUAAUUUGCUAUGGGUUUACUCC